GACAGCCGGGAGAAAAAUCCGUGCCACUCACUUGAGCCAGGACUGCCGAAAGGAAGGUUAAGAAGAAAUUGCAAAAUGAAGACUGCUUUAAUUUUGCUCAGCAUUUUGGGAAUGGCCUGUGCUUUCUCGAUGAAAAAUUUCCAUCGAAGAAUCAAAGCAGAGGAUUCUGAAGAAAACGGGGUCUUUAAGUACCGGCCACGCUACUUUCUUUAUAAACAUGCCUACUUUUAUCCUCCUCUGAAACGGUUUCCAGUCCAGGGAGGCAGUGACUCUUCCGAAGAAAAUGGAGACGACGAUAGUUCUGAGGAGGAGGGGGAGGAAGAGGAGACUUCAAACGAAGAGGAAAACAAUGAAGAUUCUGAGGGGAAUGAAGACCAGGAGGCCGAGGCAGAGAAUGCCACACUUUCCACACUCUCGGGUGUAACAGCUAGCUACGGAGCAGAGACCACACCCCAAGCACAGACUUUUGAGUUAGCGGCACUACAACUGCCCAAGAAGGCUGGAGAUGCAGAAAGCAGGGCUCCAAAAGUGAAGGAAAGUGACGAGGAAGAAGAAGAGGAAGAGGAAGAAAAUGAGAACGAAGAAGCAGAAGUGGAUGAAAAGGAGCUGGCGGUCAACGGCACCAGCACCAACUCCACGGAGGUGGACGGCGGGAAUGGCAGCAGCGGAGGCGACAACGGGGAAGAAGCCGAAGCAGAGGAGGCAAGCGUCACUGAAGCAGAUGCAGAAGGAGCCACAGGGGGCAGGGAACUGACCAGUGUUGGCACCCAGACAGCUGUCCUUCCGAAUGGGUUUCAGCAGACGACCCCACCGCCCGAAGCCUAUGGGACCACCUCACCACCGAUCAGAAAGAGCAGCACCGUUGAGUAUGGGGGAGAAUACGAACAAACAGGCAACGAGUACAACAAUGAGUAUGAAGUCUAUGACAACGAGAACGGGGAGCCUCGCGGCGACACUUACCGAGCUUAUGAGGACGAAUACAGCUACUACAAGGGGCAUGGCUAUGAAGGCUACGAGGGCCAGAAUUAUUACUACCAUCAGUGAAGGCCCCUCCCCGGGGGGGGGGGCGGAUUUCCCCGUUUGAAUCCCCCAUUCUGUCUUCUCAUCUGGCUACCAUUUUCAAAAUUCAACUCAGGAAGGUGCAAUAUAACAGAUGUGCAUUUUAUAGUGUGGAAUGGUGCUACAGCCCCAGAGUGAUUUCCGCAAAUGCUUUUGUUUGUAGAGGGCUUCUUCUUCUCUCUCUCUUUUUAAAAUUUUCCCAGGUGUGUCAUUGAAGAGUCUUAGUAAAUCAGGGCUAUUGAUCAAGCAGCACACAGAUCUAUGAGCUGGGACUAGAUUGGUUGCUUUGGGAUUAUAGCUCUAUAGUGUUUGUGCUAUUGCCCAAACAUACCCUGUAUAAGAAGGCUCCUAACGAGAGAUUUAUUAACAACACUAUAUAUGAUGUGUGACGUUCCUUUAUCACACCCCCUAUCUAAUACUGUAUUAGGUUUAAUUUUCAUCCUCAUGUAUUUUAUGUAACCUGUGCACAUGCAUUUUUAUCACAAAUAAAUAUGCAAUCUUUCACGUGUGUUAUAAUUAAGAAGAAAGAGAUUUAGAAUGAGUGUGGGUUUAAGGAGCGGGGAACAAUUCAGCUAAAAAGCAACACUUAUUUCCAUCAGGGUUUUAAACUCAGAGGAUCUGGAAGAUUCUUUCUUUCAUACAUCUGAAUGGCUAAGGUUUGACUAAGGAGGGCACAGUCGCUGUAUACAGGAGGGAGUAAAUGUCUCCCCUUAAAGUUGGCAGAUUUAACCAGCAUGAGCACAUGUUGUAAGAUGCCCACUUCAGUUUGAAUUCCAGAUAAACAAUGAGUGGCUUUUAAUACAACCCCUCCCCCCAUGAAUGAUUUGUCUCUGUGAAACAUCUGGAACAAACUUAUGCUAAAUAAAUGACUUAUUCUUUAUCUAA